UGUCUCCUCUUAGCAAAGACACACACCUACGUGAGACGAGCUAGUUAACGUUUUUUUUUACUAGAUAUUUAAAGUUUUGCUUUUAUCGCCUCACGCUUGUUCAAAUGUAGUACUUUGUAUAUUAAAACAUUCCGCUUGUAAAAAAAACGCAUUAUUUAUUGGGCGACUUCGUUUCUCCUAAAGUGUCCGCUUCCCCUCCCCUCGAUGAAGCGCUGCGAUGCCCUCUGAUUUUAUAUCCCUCCUUAGCUCGGACCUCGACCUCAAUUCCCCCAAAUCUCUAUACUCAAAAGAGUCGGUAUAUGACCUCCUCCCCAAAGAGCUCCAGCUCCAGCCGUCGUCCACCCAGACAGACCCACCCACCAUGAGCCAGAAGAGUGGGGGAGAGGCGGGACCUCCCCCCUCUGCAGCCUUGGCCUCAGAUGCCACCUCUUCCACCUCCAGCCCCUCUGCCUCUUCCUCCGUGGCCAUGGGAGUCCCAUGUUCUGGUCUCUCCACUGGUUCCUCUACCUUACCCUCAGAACAACUCAAGGUUCCCCAGCAUCUCCACUCCACUGGAGGGGAUGGAGCUGGAGCAGAAAUGCAAGGUAUGGAGGGUGCUGUAUCUGCCCCCAACAGAGGCAACAGUGGAGCAAACACUGCAGCAGGAGAUGUAGGGUCAGGGAUCGUAGUCCAGCAGCCUCAGAACACCCCAUCAAAACGGAGGCCUGUAUUGAGCAUAUCCCCACCACCUGAGGAUCUAUUUGACGACAGCCAGAUGUCUUGCCAAGAUGAGCCCACCAUAUCUGGUCCGACAGGUCCUGACUCUGAGCAUAGUAGCAGCAUGUGGGCUGAUGACUCGGUUUCCAACUUCAGCUUGAUUAGCUCCAUCUCCUACAAUGACAACACAGAGGUGCCGCGCAAGUCUAGAAAACGAACCCCUCGCCAGCGACCUGGGCCGAAGCCUGCUCCUCCAGAGGACAGCAUGGAUGUGUUUGAUGCUGACAGCGCCAAGGCACCUCACUUUGUCCUAUCACAGCUGGGCCCAGACAAGACCAGUCCUAUGGCCAGCUCACUUGAGUCAGGGACUGCAGUGAAGGGUGGGUCAUUGUCUACUCAGUUCCCCCAGAGGAGUGAUGGGAAGGAGUUAAAGAUCCUGGUGCAGCCAGAGACCCAGCACAGAGCUCGCUAUCUGACUGAGGGCAGCCGCGGUUCUGUCAAAGACCGCACGCAGCAGGGAUUCCCCACUGUAAAGUUGGAGGGUGUGAGUGAAUCAGUUGUGCUGCAGGUGUUUGUUGCCAAUGAUGCAGGUAGAGUGAAGCCUCAUGGUUUCUACCAGGCAUGCAGGGUGACAGGACGCAACACUACUGCUUGCAAGGAAGUGGACAUAGAGGGCACUACUGUUAUUGAGAUCCCUCUGGAGCCCAGCAGUGACAUGACACUGGCGGUGGACUGUGUAGGAAUUUUGAAGCUGCGCAAUGCAGAUGUGGAGGCCCGUAUUGGUGUGGCAGGAUCCAAGAAGAAGAGCACCCGUGCCAGGCUGGCUUUUAGAGUUAACAUCCCCCAAUCUGAUGGAUCAGUUCUCACGCUACAGGUCCCCUCAUCACCCAUCCUCUGCACCCAGCCGGCAGGAGUGCCAGAGAUCCUGAAGAAGAGUCUUCACAGCUGCUCAGUGAGAGGAGGAGAUGACGUUUUUAUCAUUGGAAAGAACUUCCUCAAAGGAACCAAAGUUAUUUUUCAGGAGAACAUUGCAGAUGAUAAUUCCUGGCAAGCUGAAGCAAAGAUUGACAUGGAUCUUUUCCAUCAGAACCAUUUGAUAGUGACAGUCCCUUCAUUCCACAACCAGUCAAUCACUUCUCCCGUUUCUGUGGGAAUCUUUGUGAUGACCAAUGCUGGUAGAUCACAUGAUGCCCAGCCCUUCACCUACACUCCAGACUCAGCUGAUAACUCGAACAUCCGGACAGUAAAAACAGAGGGACCAUCCCUGGUCAAGACGUGUAUAUUUGAUGGUCAGAUCAAAUCUAUGUCCUCUGAGCAAACUGACUGCUCUGGUCAGCCUUCCAAACGGCAAGAGGACACACCAAUGGAAGUGUCUAGCAAUCCUGCAUCCACAGAUAUCUUCAAGCCAUCCCCCGAUCCACUUGUGUCAGUGCAGCAGACCCUGGAGCUCAGCUCUAGUCCUCAUCCAGGUGGAGAGUCCUUUCAGAGUCCAAUGCCCCUACAACCUGAGGAUGUGGAGCUUCCCCAGGCGCCCCCUGUCUUUCCUAGCCUAGAGUCUCUUGGCACCAUACAAAAGCAAGACAUUGCCCCUGCAGCCUCCUUCCCAGUGUCAGGAGAUCCCACAAUCCCCCCUGUAACACCAGAAGUCCCUCAGCAAUUCCUCAGAGACCCUCAGGAGAGCUUGCCUCCUGAAGGCUCCAACAAUACUGGUGAGGUUGUAGUCGUAGCCAUGCCUCAAAUAGCAGCUUCCUCUCAGCCCCAGCCACAACAGUCACAGGUUCCCCUAUUCCCCCAGGAAGGGGUGGCCCAGCUGGAGAGGGCAGUAAGGGAGCUACAGGCUGGAAGUAACACCACACUCCAACAGGUUUUGGAGGCAGCUGUAGCCCAGCAGCAGCUAAACUCUGUGCUGUACAGCCCCACACCCUCUGCAGAAUCCCUUCAGCAGCAUGUCCAGGAGAACAUGAACAGCCUUAGAUUGGGAACCACAGAACAGCAACACAUACAACAACAACAACAACAACAGCAACAGCAGCAGCAACAACAACAAAUACAGCAACAGUUUCAACAGCAUCAACAACUGCAACAACAGCAGCAGCAAAUCCUUGGUAACCUUCAGCAACAACAGCAGCAACACCUGCAGCAGCAACAGCAGCAAGUCAUUGGAAACAUGCAGAUUCAACAACAGCUUAUACUGCAGCCGCAAGACCAACAGCAACUGCAGCAACAGCAAAUCAUGGAGAAUAUUCAACAGCAACAGUUGCAACAAAAUCAGCAACAGCAAGUCCUUAACAACAUCCAACUUCAGGAUCAGCAACAAAAUCAGAUACUUAGCAAUUUACAACAGCAUCAAUUACAACAGCAGCAGCAACAACAGCAGCAAAAUCAGUCAUUGAGCAAUCUACAGCAACAACAACAGUUGCAAGAACAGCAGGUGCUGGAGAACUUACAGCAACACCUUCAGGCUGAGUUGCUCCAGCCGCAGAUCCACACCUCCCCACAAGUACAGCAGCCAGUCUCCCUCCUUCAACAGGCUGGAGAGCUGCUCACCAUCCAGACCAGCUUCCCAACACAGCCUCCAUCCCACACCUCUCCCCCACAGCAGCUCUUUCAGUCCCCCAGGCCUCUUGCAGAGACCCAGGGCUCCCAACAGCAGGUCCAGGCUGCCCUGCUUCAAAAUACACUGACUGUUCUGAAUAGUGGUGGUCUUAACUCAGAGCAGCAAUCCACAGGGUCAGCCCUAUACCUGUCCCCAAACACUCAGCCCCAACAACAGCAACAGUUGGCAUUCAUCUCCUCCAUGGAGACGUCUACCAGCCAGCCCCAGUCUGUUGCAAUGUUUCAGAAUCAACCCCAAGCUCAGCUUUCACAAAUGCAGCAACAGAGCACUCCCAUGGAGCAGCAACAGUCUCCACAGCAAAACCAAGAACAGCCACCACAGCUUCCAAUGGGCCAGCAGGGCUCCUUGUUCCAAAGUAUCCCAAACCACUCCCAGACGAACACUGUCCCCCAGAGCCAGCUCUCUCAACAGCAGCAGGCAGGUCUGCUCCUCUGCACCACAGAUCUUAACCCCCAAGCUAUUCCCCCAACUAUCCUAUUCAGCACCCAGACUCAAGGCCCUUCCCCUAUGGGCAGCAUUAGUGUUGGAAUUCCUCAGCCAGACCCAGCAGAGCCCAUGUCUUUCCAAGACCAGUGCUCCUCAGGCAACAACUCGACAUCCACUGAGAGCCAACCACAGAGCCUGUUCCAGGAACAGCAGCCAAUGCAAGUGGGCCCAAGUUCCACUCGCGUCCAGAGCAGUCAACCUGUAGAGCUGUUCUUGCCACAGACGUCUCUGUCCAGCCUCCAGAGUACUAUUGGCUCACAGGAGUUGAGCAACCAGGCUCCAGCCCCUGGCACGACCAUCUUUGUGGUACAGGGAGGUGUGGGUGUGGUAGCCAGCCCUGGCCAGCAGCCCCCAGAUCAGCUUUUCCAGACAACUGUGGGUGGAAAUGUGGCUCCAGGACAAGCCAACCUGUUUGUGUUUGGCAUCCAGAAUGACUCAACCCAGCUGCUCAAUUCCUCUGGAUCCACCCUGCCAGCCCAGAGCCAGGCCCAGAACUCCAGUCACAUGCAGCCUCUCUUGGACCAGCCCAUGGCCCAGGCUGCAUCCUCAAUGCCAGCUGCCAUGCACAGCAGCUUACAGAACACCCUUCAGGCACAAAUGCAGUCCAGUUUAGAGAACGCCAUGCAGACCAGCCUACAGAAUACAAUGCAGACAAACACACAAACGGCUCUGCAGUCCAGUUUACAGGCAACCAUAGAAACAAGCCUGCCAACUCCAAUGCAGACCAAUCUACAGACACAGAUACAGAGCAGCUUACAGAAUACAUUGCAGUCAUCAAUAUCUGCAUCGUCCAACAUGGAUAAAAUUGAGGACCUACUGGAAAGCCUACAGAAGCAGUGAUAAAUGUUUGGACCAUGUGGGCACUAAGGAGAGUGCGUGAUAUGUAGCUGAGAGUUAUACAUCCUUGCGUCAACAAACAGACUGGGGGUGUGGUGUUUUGUGUCAAUGCCAUAAAACUUUUAAAAACUUAAAAAUUGAAUGCCCCUUUUACCUAAAACCCAAAUUAUGAGCUCAUGUAACUCCUUGUUUUUAUGAAAUAUUUAUCAUAAAUUAUAGCCUUCGUACAUCCAUUGUCCUUGAAUUGAUGAAUCCGCCUUUUGUUAUUACCCCUCUUGCAGGAUCAGAGAGGUCUGUAAUAACUGCUUUAUCCACCAUUCUCAAAAAUGCAGUGUUUAGUUUUCAAGACCGUUUUAAUAAUGUGAGCCUAAGAGAUGGGAAAGCCUACCAGGUUUGGUGGGAAAACUGGAAAGGGAUAAAGUAUGUCUGUGAUGGGAAAAUUAAUGUGAGAUGAGCAGGCAGAAUGGUUAAAACAGCCAGCCAUAUAUUGAAAAUCAGAUUGCACAUUGAGUGUCGGACAUAGGCUGAAUCUCAUUUUUUGAAUGUGUAAACUCCACACCUUGGCUUUAUUCUGAGAGGCAAAGGCUGUAAGACGAGUUUUGUUUAGUUUUUUUCAAGCAGCUGAAAAUGGGUUAAGAACACAAACAUAAUAAAUACAGGGAUGGAAUAUUGUCACAACCUUUUUCCAAUGGAGAGUACAGUAAUUUUUGCAAUUAAUCAAACCUUGUGUUUGCGUAUGUCAACAAUUUGACUGAAAUCUACUCUUAUGAGUAAAGACUGAUAAAUUAUGUACAUUUGUAGAACGUUUUACCUCCAUCCAUAUUGACUAGCAUGGCAGGAGUCCACACCUGAAUUGAUCAGGAGGGCAGUUGAAAAUGAAUAAAGUCCACUCUUUGGAAAAGAUUAUAUGGACUCACUUGUCAAAAUGGGGCAUGAAUACAGUCAGGCAUUGUAGUGGAUUCCCCCAAGUGCAGAAAGAAGAGGAAAAUAUUAAACACUCGCAAAUGGGAUUCAACCUGGUGAAUAAUGUGACUUGGCCUUUUGUUUUGGCAUCUCCCAGUGUUUUCAUGUGUUCAGGCCUCAUCACUGGGUUUGCAGAAGCUUUCUCGAUGAACUUUUUAGAAGCAUUCAACUAUGUAGUGUGUGUACCUUUUUUUUUUGUGUUUGUUUUUGAAGAAGUUGGUAACCUUUACCAACUUAAUGUGGAUAGAAAGAAACUUUCCACUAGUGAAAACGGAGUGUUGUGUGGUUUUAUAAACAUUUUAUCUCAAGCACUUUAUAACCUCUUUUGUGUAACCAGCUAAUCCUUAUAUCCGUCCACAGCUCUCUACUGACCCAGCUGAAUUUGUACUCAGAACCAUCCAUUUAAAAAAGAAAGAAAAAAAACCCAGAAAGCAGAGCAGUUGUCUUUGUAAAGGUAAAUACAUCAUAACCGAGCAUUUUUACAUUUUCUCAUGUCAGAAUAUUUUUGAGGUGUAGGACAACUUUGUAUAGAAUGUCUGCUCACUCUUGAAUCCCUCUUUGUAUUCAGUCUCAGUGGUCCAGUCAAGUCUGUCAAAAAGAACAGCCAUUCCCACAAAAGCAUUGUCAUUUUUCAGUGUUGGAGUGGUAAGUAGGCCUUUGUGUUUUACACAUUGACAACACUUAUAAUACUGAUUAGUUUGUGCAUUUAAAUGAAGGAUUUGCAUCAUAUUUGCUAUUUGUACUAUUUUACUGUUUCAAUCUGUCACUUGAGACUGUUUUACCUUGUGUUGUGUUAGAUAUUUAAGUUUUUGUCUCAGUGUUGGUACCAUGUGCAGCCUGGCACCGUGUGAAGUUGGCAUCCAGUAGCCGUCCCUUGUGUUGUGAACAGGGGAGCUCACUGGUAAAUGAAAUCUCUGUUACAUAGAGGCCGCCAUUUUGAUUCUAUCUAUGGUGCUAUGUGCAGGAGUGAUGGGCACUUCUGAUGUGAUGUUAGUACAUAACAGUUUAUACUUAUAUCAAUAGCACUGACGUUAAUUAAGUUUUUAAGCCGUUUUGGAGAGUUGAGUGUAGAGAGCUGGCUGUUGUUGUGGGGUCAGACUGGAGUGCACCCAGGCAUACCAAAGCUCUUGUUGUGAAUCGCCGUCAUCUUGUCUCAUACUUGUCCCUGAGAUGCCCUCACAAUGUUUACUCAUUUAUACUUGCUCAUUUUUAAAUUAUGCAGCUCUUACAUGGAUAGCAAUUCAGCAUGUUGUUUUGUUCAAGAUUUAUAAAAGAUGUGUAGGUACUUCAUGGAUCAGUUAAUCUCCCAUCGACAUUUCCACCAAUUUGAUACUUUACAUUUCUCAUGACAUUGCUUCUUUCCUUUUUUUUGACGCAAAAUAAUACUGCUGUACUUUCCAUAUCUACAACAGUAGCCAAUUUGGCGUUAUCAAAAAGCCAACUUUUGAGAACUAUUCAGAUGUUAUGAAUAGCAUUGCUCACAUGUGCAUUUGUUUACAUUUUCAUAGUCACACUAUUUUGUCCUGCAGCUGUUAGUGAUCCAUUUUAAAGUAACUUAUCUUUUUUAGAAUUUUGUAUCCAUGUAUCAAAAAGUGUAGAGUAUUUUUGUAAAACUAAACUUUUUUUGGUUUAUGCUCAUAGCACAGAAUAUCAUUGCUGGUAUGUUUUCCUGAAAAUUAAGCGCAGGUGUAUUGUUAAGCGUAUGACUGAAAUUAGAAAUGUAAUUAAGUGGACAUCAAGCAAAUAUGUUUAAAAAAAGAAAACUUAGUUCUACUGUUUUAACAAUUGAUUUACCUAACUUGUAUCACAUAAUACAUGGGCUAGGUUUCUGAUGUUUCUUAUUUUUUUGUUUUACCUUUUUAUGUCAUGCAUCUCAAAUGGCACUUUGACUCAUCCAUUAACUGUAGAUCAGGUUAAAGCGCAGUAGUGACGUUUCCAAGCAUUCCAUUCCUCUUGGGUAGGGGAGUUAAGAGCACAUAAUGUUGCGGAAGAAGUGCGGAACAGUAAUGCCUCUUAAAGCCAUACCAACACAUACCAACACACAAAGCCAACCUGUGACUUCAGUUUCAUGAAUGUAAUUUUUACCUCAUGGUGUGGACAUAGAGCUUGCUCU